CAGGGGGGGACAAAUCAAGUUGCUCUUCAGCAUCGCCUAGAAGAGCCCGGGCGAGGUGUAGCCAGAGCCCAGACGCCUGCAGCCGUGGUGGAGGAGACAGCAACGGCAGCAGAGACAGCUUUGACUCCCGGGGGGAACAACCAGCCAGCCAGCACCAUGGAGGAUCAGCAACGCCUCAUCUCCAACCCCGAACGCGUGCCAAUCAUGGGAGUGAACUCCAGAUCCCCACGCAGGUCCUGCGGCAGCGGGACCGUCUACACCGUCUUCUCCCUGCUGGCGACCCUGCUCAUCGCCGGCCAGGCGGUGACCGUCUACUUCGUGUACCAGCAGCAGCAGAACAUCAACAAGCUCACCCUGACAUCCCAGAACCUGCAGCUCGAGUCCCUUCAGAGGAAACUGCCCAAGCCACACGUGCCAUUCAGCAAGCUGCGCGUGGCCCAGCCCCUGCUCAUGAGGGAAGCAGCCCCAGAGAACCUCCCAUCCAACGCCAACCUGGCGCUCAGCAACAGCACCAAGGACCAAGUGAUGCACCUUCUGCUGAAGGGGGGCUUCCCCAAGAUGUACCCGGAACUCAACGAGAGCUUCCAGGACAACAUGGAACAACUGAAGAGCAACAUGGGGCACGAGAGCUGGCAGAACUUUAAGCACUGGAUGCAUCACUGGCUCCUCUUUGAGCUGAGCAAGAAGCCCCAGGACGCAGUGCCAACCGAGACCCCGAAGCAUGUGACUCCCAAGAAAGUUCUGACCAAGUGCCAGCAGCAAGCCAGUCUGGUCCCACCAGUCCACCCGGGCCAGUUCCGCCCCAAGUGCGACGAGAACGGCAAUUAUCUGCCCCUCCAGUGCCAGGGCAGCACCGGCUACUGCUGGUGCGUCUACUCAAAUGGCACCAUGAUCACUGGCACUGAGAGUCGCACCCGCAACAACUGCAGCGAUCUCCUGGAGACCAUGUCCUCGGGGCUGGGGCUGGACCCGAUCCAAGACAUUUAGAUGCAGCAACAGCAGUGGCGUAACAGAAGAUGUGACAAUUCCCCUCCCGCCCAGCUCUCCGCACAGCCCGCUUGGUGCUCCCUUGUUCUCCCUCCCCCUAACUCCCCUUCACAACCCCCAUGCACCCCCCAAACCCUCAGACCCCUUCCCCUCUCCCCAGCUUUUGAAACGUUUAGGAAAGCCUCCGAAGCCAACAGCUUUAAGAGACACAAACCACCUGCCUCUGAGCCCAGGGCCGCCACCAUCGCGAUGGGAGGGUCCCUUUCCCCAGCCCCCUCUCCACAGGGCAUCGGUCGGCAGCCUGCCAAGGUGCCACCGAGCCCCGCUGGGGAUGGCGUGAGGGGAGGCGGUGCCCCCCUGCCCUCGCUGCUCCAAGCUAGAGACGAGCCAGCCACCCGCCACCUCUGCCCAAGUGAUGCUCUAAAUGGGUAACCGCUGGCAACGGCGAGACCAGGGCAUCCUCACUGCGUGAACGCGGGCCAGGUGGGAUCAAAGGUCAGGUAGAAGAGGGACCACCCCCUUGCCUUCUUCCCAUUCCCACCUCCCCGAGCUGAAACCUAGAGCUCUCCCUGCAGAAAAGUCCCAGCUCAUUCCGAAAUAAAUGUGGGAGACGGAAGGUG